AUGUGGUACCUUUGCGUCUUCUACCACAGGCUCCUCGACUACCGGCGGCCGGAGGUGCAGUCGCUCGCCGAGCUCUUCGGCGGCCCCGGCGGCGGGGCCGCUGUAGAGUGGCGUAUGCCCGAGAAUCACCACGAAGACUCCCCCUUCCACCUCGUCCGCCUCCCCGGCGACGAGCGUCUUGCCGCGCAGAUCGCCAACCGCAGCCUGCUCGUGAAGGGGAUCUAUGAGCUGUGGGGGCAGGGUGCCACCUACGACGAACUGGAGAAGGCGAUACGGGCGUACCCGGACGAAAGGAAGCUGCCGUACCUGACGCCGGAAAGCUCGUUCAAGAUUAUCGUCGACAGCUUCGGCAAGGCGGUCAGCUUCGAAGAACAGAAUGCGAUUAUAAAGAGGUUCACCUACAUUCCAUUCGAGGGCCGUGUUAAUUUGAAGAAGCCCGAUCACAAGUUCUUUGUCUUGGAGACUGAUGAUUAUGGGCCACAAAAUGGCCUGCCACCAGUUGCUCAGAAGACGGUAUUCUUUGGCCGGCUGGUUGGAGCAGCAGAUAGGCAUGUAGUGCCGACAUAUGAGUUGAAGAGCAGGAAGUACAUUGGCCCAACUGCGAUGGAUUGUGAAAUGGCCUUUCUCAUGGCCAACCAAGGGCUCGCACAGCCUGGGAAACUUGUGUAUGACCCUUUUGUUGGCACCGGGAGCAUUUUAGUGGCUGCUGCACAUUUUGGAGCCAUGACUAUGGGUGCAGAUAUUGAUAUAAGAGUUGUGCGGGAUGGUCGUGGCCCCGAUUGCAAUAUUUGGAGCAACUUUGAGCAGUACAAGUUGCCAGAGCCUUUGUGUGUGCUACGAGCAGAUAACAACCUGCCACCUUGGCGUCCAGGAUUGAAGGAGAUAUUUGAUGCAAUCAUUUGCGACCCCCCAUAUGGUGUCCGAGCUGGUGGGCGAAAGUCGGGCGGUCGGAAGCUCCUAAAAGGCAUCAUCCCUCCGUACAUAGUUCCGGACGACAAGAGAGAGAACCAUAUUCCAUCAACCGCGCCAUACAGUCUUGCAGAAUGCGUUCACGACCUUCUCCUCCUUGCAGCGAGAAUGCUGGUGAUUGGUGGCAGGCUCGUCUUCUUCUAUCCUGUCUUGCGGGAGGAUGAUGUUGCCGACGUGGCAAAAUUCCCGGAGCACCCCUGCUUCAAGCUGUUCUCCUCCUGCGAGCAGAUCCUAAGCCUGCGGUACAGCCGGGUUCUGCUGACGAUGGUGAAGGUCGGCCCCUACACAGACGAGGUCGAGAGGAUCGGCGAGGAGCGGCACCAGGAGUUCAGGGAGAAGCACCAGAAAUGGAUGGAGGAGGGCAACCUGCACUCUGCCGUGUUCAGCCCCGCGGAGCAUGAUGGGAAGCCCAAAUUUGAUAAAGAUUCCAAGCCGAAGUACAGGGGCAAGUACGUGUAG